GAUGGUACCGAUCUUCUUUGUUCCUGAGUAUCCCUCAUGGCUGCUGCCCCCUUCCUCCUGGGCAGUCCUUAACUUAUAUAACCCUUGUUAAAAAGCCUAAGAAUCACUGUGUUAGGCAGACACUCGUGGGGCAGAUCCUUCCUGGGGCUGGACAGGGUGCGAUCUCUGGAGGCCAUGCCAGCCUGGCUGCUUUUGGAUUCCCAUAGUAAUCCCUGCCCUCUGCUCUAUGCCCCCCUCCUGGGGUCAGGCACUUGCUCCUGGGCAGCCCCUGGCAAUGGGGUGGCUGUGUGGGGGUCCCUGGGGUGGCUGAUGUUGGGUGGGAGGCACGUGCCAUUGCAGCGCAGGUGGGGCCCCCUCAGCAUCCAGCCCGGUCCUGUCUCAGGGGUCACUGCCCUCUGGCCUUGCAGGCAUCCUUACUCGGGGCGGGAGGUGCCCAUCUCCAAUGGGUCUGGCUUCGUGGUGUCCCCAGACGGCCUAAUCGUAACCAAUGCCCACGUGGUGGCCAAUCGGCGGCGGGUGCGGGUGAAGCUGGCCAGCGGGGAGCUCUACAAUGCCGUAGUCCAGGAUGUGGACCCCAUGGCUGACAUCGCCACCAUCAAGAUCGAGCCCACGAGCCCUCUGCCCACCCUGCCCCUGGGCCACUCCUCGGACGUGCGCCAGGGGGAGUUUGUCGUGGCCAUGGGCAGCCCCUUCUCCCUGCAGAACACAAUCACCUCCGGCAUCGUCAGCUCAGCACAGCGGGGCAGCAAGGAGCUGGGGCUGCCUGGUUACAACAUGGAGUACAUCCAGACCGAUGCUGCCAUUAAUUAUGGGAACUCCGGGGGCCCCCUCGUCAACCUGGACGGCGAAGUGAUCGGUGUGAACACGAUGAGGGUGACCUCGGGCAUCUCCUUCGCCAUCCCCUCAGACCGGCUCCGGGACUUCCUGGAGAAGGGGCGGCAGCGCCAGAGCUCCCAGUUUGGCAGCGAGGCGGUAAAGCACCGCUACAUUGGGGUGAUGAUGCUGACACUGACACCCAGCAUCCUGGCUGAGCUGAAGCGGCAUGACCCCAACUUCCCCGAUGUUGCCUCUGGCAUCCUCAUCCACAGGGUCAUCGUCGGCUCCCCAGCCCACCAGGCGGGAAUGAAGGCCGGUGAUGUGUUGCUGGAGAUCAACAAGCAGGUGGUGCGGUGUGUUGAGGACGUGUAUGAGGCGGUGCGCAUGCACCAGAGCCUGGACAUACUGGUGCGGCGCGGCUUUGACACCCUCCUGGUCCACGUCACGCCCGAGACUGCCGAAUAGAGGCCAGCAAAGCACGGCACGGCACAGCACGGGCUGCCCACGGUGGGGACUGGGCACCCCAGGCUCCUCAGCACAGAGUCACCCAUCCCUGGGCUGGGACUGGAUGGGGGCAGGCAGCACCCCCGCAACGCCUGCUGUACUCAGAGAUGGAGAGUGACUUGCAGAGACUGGCAGCCUUGAGGCAGGGUCUGGCUUGUGUGGGGUUGGGCAGGGCCAGCCUGGUGCGGGGCUGGCAGUGGGAGGGAAUGGAGGCUGCUCUCAGUCGCCUUCACUGCAAUAAACCAUUUCCUAGGA